AAGGAUUGAAGUUUGUUUCGCGUUUAAAAGUUUGAGUGUCAAUAUAAAGCGAUUAAUAGAAUUUGUACAACACAUAGAAUUACUAUUGGAAUCCAUUUAUCGUUAAACGGAUAGAUAAAUUUGCAACAAUCUAUAAUGGAUAAAACACCAGUAUCUAUUUUAUAUGAAAUAAUGGCAAAAAAUCUAACAACGCCUAAUUAUGAGCUUAUACAUGACGGGGGAGGCACGCAUAUAAAUACUUUUACAUAUCGGGUAACAUGUGAAGGUCUUACUGCUACUGGUAUUGGACGUUCUAAAAAGGAUGCAAAGCAUGAAGCUGCAAAGGCAAUGUUAGAAGCUAUUGUAGCACAUAGAGGUUAUCUACAGUUACCAGCAUCGCCAGCACAAUCUUCUGUAAGAACCCCUUUACCACCAACAAUUCCUGAGCUAAAAAGAACUCCACCAGAUGUACCAUUUAUUAAUGCAGUUGGUGCUUUACAAGAUUUAUGUAUUGAAAACAAUUUAAAAGAACCUAAAUAUAAGCAAGUUAAUGAGGUUGGACCUCCACAUGCAAAAAUUUUUAGUAUUCAAUGUAUAGUAACAACUUUUAAAGAAACUGGUGUUGCAAGGACAAAAAAGCAAGCUAAACAGGAGGCUGCUAAAAAGAUGUUAGAUAAAAUAACUGAAUUGACAGGUAGCUUAAACAUUGGAACUACUGAAGAAGCAGAUGAAAGGAAAGAUCAUAGUCAAAUUGCUAAAGCUCGAUACCCGGCACUUUCAAGGUUACCUAUAUCUAGAAAAAUUAAUUUAGGUGUUAAGAUAUCAGAGUAUCAUCUACAGUUUAAGAAUUUGUUAGAUACUGAAAUGCAGAAAGAAGUAAUUGAAAAGUUAACAUCUAUUAUUCCACAAAAUGAAAAUAAUGAAAAUAAUAUUUCUGAAGAAUUUGUAGAAGAUCUGCUAGACAAAUUUCGAGCUGUCUUGGCAAUCACAGGGUUAGAUGUAACAACUUCAGUAUUCCCUUCAAGUACAGAGUUGUUUGUUGUAACUAUGAGAAUAGAUACGUCUCCUAGUCUUGUUGAAUUUGCAAUAGGAGAUACAAAAACAGCCGCUCAGAUGUGUACACUAACAAAAUUGAUUGAAACUUUGAUACUUCUUUUAAAAUAAAGAUAAAGUAACUACACAUAAAAUAAGUAAAUUUCAAAAUAUUUGUAUCAAAGAAUAUGUUUAUGUUGGAAGAAUAAUUGUCUAAUUUUUUUUUUUUUUUUUUUUUUUUUUUUUUUUACUAUAUUAUAAUAUCUUAAAGUUAGAUAUCAGUUAAGCCUAUUAUAUCAAUUAAAUAAUUUCUAUGAGAGAGAGAGAGAGAGAGAGAAGUGAGGGGUUUUUAUUAUAGAUCCUAUUUCAGGUAGAAACAUUUAUAUAAUUUUUACUUUUGUUAUAAAAUAGUAUAAGCUAUAUAUGUGGGUGAGAUUUUCUAUAAUAUAUAACAGUGUAUCACUUCAUUACGUAAUUCUUACAUAAAUUAAUAAUUUAGUAUAUUAUAUACAAUCUUCUGAGAUUAACCACCAUAUUUUCAGACACUUGUCAGUUUGCGACAAUCUGCUAAAGAAAUGUUUUCAACAAAGCUUAGCUAGUUUCAAAUCCGCUACGUAUUCGAUAUCAAAAACGUCCAAGAAAGUUUCUUUUCAAUAAAAAAAUCAAGGUUACGUUAACUUUAUUAAAUGGCACUUUAUAUUUUGGAUUUUAUAGUGUUUUAGCUGGUGUUAACAUGAAUUCAAUAGCUUAUCAUACAAUGACCUUGAGAUGGCCGAAUUAAAAAAUUUAUGUGCGAUAUAUAAUUGUAGUUCAUUGUAAUAUGUAAUAUAAAAUUGUAUUAUUGAUAUCGUUGGAUAAAUUUAUUAGUUUGGUAGUUUUAGUCUUAUUUUGAAUAUAUAAUUUAAUCAAAAUAAAAUAAUUUUCCUUAUUAUUAUAUUCCUAUUAAUAAAUACUUGUAUUAUAAAUACAGCUACGAAUCUAUGAAACCCAAAAUAUAAGGUGCUAUUUAAAAAAAGUAAAUGUGAUCUUGACUUUUUAUCAAAAACAAUUUUUUCUUGGAUAUUUUUGAUAUCCAAGUAUAUAGCAGAUCCAAAACUAACUUCUAUCCAAAACAUUUGUUUGACAAAUUAUAGGAAACUGCCUGAAAAAUGAUGGAUAAUCUCAGAGUAUACAUUUUGCAUGUAUAAAUACUUGUCUUAUUUGAAAUUAUUAAGUAUUAUGAAAAGGAUAUUUGAAUAACAUCAAUUGUUCUAUUUAAAAUUCUUAAAUACGAUGAGCAGAAUUUGAAAUAUGAAUAUAUAAACAUCUAUCCUCUAUCAA